UUGGAGUUUGAUAUGAUGUGAUUACAGAAUCACCCCAGUGACACGUUGCCCAGCUCGCCAGAAUGAAGGUCUGAGUCUUCCGGGAGGUGAUCUCUGAAAUUGCUCAGUGAGCACCCCUAAUUCUGCUGAUUUAUUGCUGAUAAUCACUCACAAUGGAAACCAAUCAAAAAUGUGGGGAUGGACUGACUGGCACGCAGAAAGAGGCGACGCUGCGUGCGCUCAUCCAGCGCACAGGAUAUCAAUUACACCAGGAAAAUGGCCAGAGGAGAUACGGGGGUCCGCCUCCUGGCUGGGAAGGCCCGCCUCCAGAAAGGGGCAGUGAAAUCUUUGUGGGCAAGCUGCCUCGAGACCUGUUUGAGGAUGAGCUGGUACCUCUCUGUGAAAAAUUUGGCAAAUUAUAUGAAGUACGGAUGAUGAUGGAUUUCAAUGGAAACAACAGAGGCUAUGCUUUUGUUACUUUUACCACAAAACAGGAAGCCAAGAAUGCCAUGAAGCAGCUGAAUAAUUAUGAAAUCAGGAACGGCCGUCUCCUGGGAGUGUGCGCCAGUGUAGACAACUGCCGUCUCUUCGUGGGAGGCAUCCCUAAGACCAAGAAAAAGGAGGAGAUCUUGGCUGAGAUGAAGAAGGUGACGGAUGGAGUGGUGGAGGUGAUUGUUUACCCCAGCGCUGCCGACAAGACCAAAAACAGAGGCUUCGCUUUUGUGGAGUACGAGAGCCAUCGCGCCGCUGCCAUGGCCCGGAGGAAACUGCUGCCAGGCCGGAUCCAGCUGUGGGGUCAUGCAAUCGCUGUGGACUGGGCGGAGCCAGAAGUGGAGGUGGAUGAAGACACUAUGGCCACUGUGAAGAUUCUCUAUGUGAGGAACCUGAUGUUGGCCACAACUGAGGAGACCAUAGAGAAGGAGUUCAACAGCAUCAAACCUGGUGCCGUGGAGAGAGUGAAGAAGAUCAGGGAUUACGCAUUUGUUCACUUCUCUCAGAGAGAGGACGCCAUCACUGCUAUGAAUGCGCUGAAUGGAAAGAUCAUUGAUGGCUCUCCCAUAGAAGUGACGCUAGCCAAGCCAGUGGAUAAGGACAGUUACGUCCGUUAUACUCGUGGUACAGGGGGGCGUGGUGCUGCCCUGCUACAGGGAGACUAUGCCUACACACUGGGCCAGAUGUACGACCCCUCAGCUGCCUACCUUGGUGCCCCUGUGUUUUAUGCACCACAUGCGUAUGCUGCCCUCCCAAGCCAGUUUAGGUUCCCCACGGCUAAAGGUCCCGUGGGGGGGCGGGGACUGGUGCGCUCGCCCUCGGUCAGAGAAAUUUACAUGAAUGUGCCUGUAGGGGCGGCGGGGGUGCGCGGUUUGGGCGGCAGGGGGUACCUCGCCUACGCAGGUGUGGGCCGCGGCUGCCCCACCUACAUAAAGACAGACAAACGCCCUGAGGACAAACUCUACGACUUGCUUCCUGGCAUGGAGCUGACGCCCAUGAACCCCGUGACCCUAAAGCCUCAGGGCAUCAAGCAUUCCCCACAGAUCUUGGAGGAUAUCUGUCAGAAGAAUAACUGGGGACAGCCAGUAUACCAGCUUCACUCUGCGAUUGGUCCAGAUCAGAGACAACUGUUCCUGUACAAAAUCACUAUACCUGCUCUGGCCACCCAGAACCCCAACAUACACCCAUUCACCCCAGCCAAGCUGUGUGCAGCAGUGGAUGAAGCUAAAAUCCACGCCGCGGAGAACGCCCUGCAGACCCUGGGCCUGCAGACAGAGGGCGCUGACGCUUCCGCUGCUGCCCUCGCUGCUGCCGCUGCUGCCACUGCUGCUGCCGCAGCAUUCCCAGGUUAUGCCAUAGCCAACACUGCUGCUACUGUCACUGCUUCCCAGCUCAAACAGACUGUGUCUCUGGGUCAGGACCUGGCAGCAUACGCCACCUACGAGGGUUAUCCAGCGUUCGCUGUGGCAACCCGCGGAGACGGCUACGGCGUUUUCUAAAACCCUGCAAAACUCAAUCUCAGUCAGCUAUUCUCAUUCCUCUAUUAUCCUGUUCUACACGGAGCCUGAAGAAAUACUCUACAUCCCAUAACUGUAGAACAUUAUAGAGUCAUGAUUAUGACUUUACUCAGGAAACAGAAAAGAUACAACCCUGUCUUAUAGAGAAACCCUUACUCUCACCAUUCACACAAACACACACACAAACACAUACUUGUACUUUUACUAACUGAGGACCAUGUUCUGAAGACCUACUUUCUGAGGACCUCCUACAUUAUGGUCAUUACUCUAUAACUUAGAUAUAAAGUUAAUAAGGUUGAAACAUCUGCCCUUUAAGUUCUAUACAUUGAUAUGGUAUAUACGGUGGCCGAGAAAGCCCAGCGCAGUGCAAAUUGAAAAGCGCUGCAAAAGCACAAAACACAUCCAUCAAAAUUACAACACAGGCGCAGCAAAUAGAAAAACGCGCUGCAAAUAGAAAAACGCGCUGCAAAUAGAACCACAACACAACGGAAGUGAGUCACAACACAACGGAAUUUUCCCGGGGGACCUUAAAAGAUACUGUACCAGCUAAGCUGCGUCUUCAGUAACGUCUCGGACUUCACUAUGUGUACAAAGGACAAUAAGUGGCAAACAAGGCGUUUUGUGAAGCAGAACUUUUAAUAAUAUGCACACAACCGUGGUAAUCACAGGUAAUAAACAUAACUUACUUUUCAGAAGCUUGUUUGCCACUUAUUGUCCUUUGUAUACAGCUGUACAGCAUCUUUUAAGGUCCCCCGGGAAAAUUCCGUUGUGUUGUGACUCACUUCCGUUGUGUUGUGGUUCUAUUUGCAGCGCGUUUUUCUAUUUGCUGCACCUGUGUUGUAAUUUUGAUGGAUGUGUUUUGUGCUUUUGCAGCGCUUUUCAAUUUGCACUGCGCUGGGCUUUCUCGGCCACCGUAGGUAUACAUAUUUUGGUAUUAAAGAUGAGAAAAGAUACAUCUUUUUGGAUUAAAUUAGAUAAUAUAACUCACACAACUCAGAAUACUUUUUGUUAAUGCUGCCUUUAAAUGAACUAAAAAAUACUAUCAAGUAUACUCGGUCCCAUCCCUGCAUCCCCGCAUUUCUUUGAUAUUUAAAGUUACAAAAUAUCAGGAAUGUUUAACAUAAGGAAAAUGAGUGGACGUAAGCUUUCAUAUGUAGUGUUCAUUUCGUGUGUCUGUUUUUUGUUUCUUUUUUUUUUAACUUUGAAACGUUUUAAGUCAUUUAGUUUGUAAGUCUUUUUUUCUUUUAAUAUAACCUUUAUAGUAACAUUUUGAGGACUUGCUACCUAAUACAAGCUUUAAACAUCCCACCUCGUCCUUUGACGAACGAUGAACGAAUGUGUGACUGUUGUCAUAUUCUCACAGUUUUGUCAAAUAUAGAGAUGCCUAAGCAGUGACAGUAUUAAAGUGUGUGUAGCACUUAGAACUUAUUUUUAUACCAGGAUUCCAGUGCUGUUUUUAUGACGUUGUUUUAGCAUGUUGCUAAAUCUUCUCAGUGAGUCUCAGUGAUUGGCAAAAAAAGCCCAAAGGAAAAUCAUUAAAGACUAAAACAUUAAUACUUCAAUUUCAAACAUCAAUAUGCUGUAAAAUGAAAGAGACAGAUUAAUAGAUAGAAUCAUCUGAAUGUGCCGUGUAGCAUCAAUAAAUUUACUGAAAUUCUAAA